UGUUACUUCCGAAGUCACAUAAAAGUUCAACUGCAGAUUAUGAUUAUACUUGGUACUUUCCCACUGGCCUCUAGUAUUUCCUGUCUUGAUUAUGCACACUAACGUGCUCAAGUGAGUCAUUUUGAUGGAAUGUAGCUUUUUGACAGUGUACCGGUGAUUAGAAGUGGUAUACUAGUCGUAUCCCCCAACUUUGGUUUGGUUAUGAAGGUGACUUGGUGAGACAAAAAUCUCAAUCAUAUUAGUGUAACAUUCGUGUAACAACAAGCACCAACAACCUCUCUUUGAUACUUUAAAUGACUGUGGAAAAAUACAACGAGGACAGUGUUGACUCAGUUGGCGAUGAUUUCAAUUGUUCAAGUAAAUAAACAAAAUGUUGGCACAUGUCCAGACAUGCAGCGCACUAUCGAAGUUUCAAGGACAUUGCGCAAUAAAGUUUAUUGCGCAAUCACACACACUUAAAAGAUUUGACUCGCAUUGACAACCACUCACAGGAUUCGGAUGCACUAGGCGUCGACAUCAGUGAUGUGCUGGUGACGUCAUCUACGAAGGGAUUUUCCGACAAGUGUUUCUUGUACAUCGACACGUAGGUUAUCUAGAACGUGUGCCACAGCACAUCACCACUCUAUCUGUACUACAGCGGCUUCACGGUACGUCCUUCAUAACACUGUUGGCGACUUGCCGACAUUCAACAAAUCGACGUUGUAGUCCUGGUGUGAUCGACUUGAAAGCCGCGUUAUGUCAACAUCGCGACGGAACCGCCAGGACAACGUGCCCCGCGCGUCGGACACAGAGUCCGUGAUAGAGGAUCCAUAUGCCGAAGGAAGCCCCGGCAGCUGGUCGCCCGGGUCGGGGGACUCCAGUGGCCGAGCGUCUCCCAGAGUCAAGGACGAACUGCGGGCAACGAUCCGGGCCAGACAGCAGGAAAGCGGGGUGAUACUCCCCAACUUCGACCUGCUGAAUGCGCAGUCUGAUGGAAGGAAAUCAAGACCGUUGACAGAGGCUGAGGAGAAGCGCCUGCAGCGGCGGCGGGACAGGAACAGGGAGGCUGCCGCCAGAUGCCGGGCUCGGAGGAGAGACCUGGCCGAGAGGCUGCACAGGGAGACCAUCCAGCUGGGGAACCUGAACUCCGGUCUUCAGACGGAGAUCGCGCGGCUGCAGGCACAGCGGGACCAACUCCAGCGGGCACUCACCGAACACAUCGCCCUCUGCCACAGUGAGCAGUAGUGACGAACACUUACCAAUCAUCCCGUAGAUCCACGCCGGGUGACAAACUGGUUGAUAUUCAUCUGGGGCCUUAAUUAUUAGAUAAAAUGGCAGAACACUUACCAGCUAAGAAAUCAUUCAGAGUUGUUGAAUCCUUACGAGAUGCUUCUGUUUGUAGUGUAUUCAUGGUGAUUGUGGGUUCUGUAAGUGCCCCAAAUCAAUUUCCAUUUCCAAGCAGAAGCUGUGGGUAUACUUAUCCUUUUUUAAGCGUCUUUUUUUGUAUUGAAACAUGACUUCUGUAACGAACGUGGACAGACCAAAGCGUAUGCGACGCAAAAACAACGGGGCCCAGCGUAUGCAAUAAAAUAGUGGGUCUUAUAGGACUUCUAUUUAUAACGUAUUCCUAGUGCAUCUCUGCGGAAAAAUCGAACAUAUAAAACAUUCCGUGUCACCGCUAUGUAUACGAUGAGCGUCUAGAACCAACUACGUACUACGUCGUAGCGAAUUCCCAUAAUUUUUUAUAUAAUAGUCACUGCCACAAAUGACAAACUCCCAGGUCUCAUAAAUAACGGUCAGAUUCCGGGCUGUAAUGCUAUUUUUGUCAUAGUUUUGAUGGAUCAGGAAUGUAACAUUUAAGUUUAGUAUAAUGAUGUAUCACAUACCGAUUUCAAUGUUUAUAUACCUGUACAUAUCAUGCAAGAAGAGAACUAUAAUUGUUAUUGAUUAUAUUGUUACCAAUAUAACGUUAUAUUUAUAUUUAUUAUCUAAAAUGUUUCCCAUUGGCUGUUGUUUUUCCUGAGAUUUAUUUUUUCAUGACCGUUAGCUUGUUCUACAAAAGUAGGUAA